CCCUCCUAAUUCGAGUCUGGUCCUCUCCUAAUCUAUACCCUUUCCUUAUCCCGCCGCUCCUUUCAUCUCACCAUGGUGCGUCUGAGGGAGAUUCCCCGGACGGCCACCUUCGCCUGGUCCCCCGGCGCUGCCUCGCCUCUGAUCGCCACUGGUACUCGGGCCGGUGCUGUUGACGUCGAUUUCUCCAAUCAGACAUGUCUCGAGCUCUGGGAUCUGGCCCUGAGCCGCCACGAGACCGGCGGCGAGCUACAGCCGGUAGCUAAGAUCGAUACCGAUUCCGGCUUCAAUGACUUAGCAUGGACCGAAUCCGAAGAUAACUCGCGGGGUGUCAUAGCCGGUGCUCUCGAGAGCGGCUCGUUGGAUCUAUGGGAUGCCGACAAGCUGCUUGAUGGAUCCAGUGAGGCUUUGAUCUCGAGGUCCUCGAAACAUUCAGGGGCUAUCAAAGCUCUGCAGUUUAACCCCAAACACUCGAACUUGCUGGCAACCGGUGGUGCAAAGGGCGAGCUCUACAUCUCCGACCUGAACAACAUCGCGAACCCAUACCGACUCGGAGGCACGGCUGCCCGCGCGGACGACAUUGAGUGCUUGGAUUGGAACAAGAAGGUUGCACACAUCCUGGUCACUGGUAGCAGUGCAGGCUUUGUUACUGUGUGGGAUGUCAAGACGAAGAAGGAGAGCUUGACUCUUAAUAACAUGGGCCGCAAAGCGGUUAGCGCUGUGGCCUGGGACCCGGAGAAGCCUACGAAACUUGUCACCGCGACUCCUCUCGAAUCCGAUCCGGUAAUCUGUGUCUGGGAUCUCCGCAACUCACAUGCUCCCGAGAGGACCCUUCGCGGCCAUGAGUUCGGUGUGUUGUCGCUUUCCUGGUGUGCCCAGGACCCCGAUUUGCUCCUCUCCGCCGGCAAAGACAACCGCACGAUGUGCUGGAACCCGCAAACCGGACAUGCCUAUGGCGAAUUCCCCGUCGUUACCAACUGGACCUUCCAGACUCGCUGGAACCCGCACAACCCCAACUUCUUCGCCACCGCGUCGUUCGAUGGAAAGAUCUCCAUUCAGACCAUCCAGAACACCAGCACCGAAUCUGCACAGGCCAUCGCUGAUCAGAACCAGGCUCUGGAUGGCGAGGACUUCUUCGCCAAGGCCCAGACCCAGCCCCAGGUCUCGAGCUUCUCGUUGCCCAAGCCCCCGAAGUGGCUUGAACGGCCAUGCAGCGCUACCUUCGGUUUCGGAGGCAGAGUGGUCUCGGUCAACCUGGUCGAGAAGGGACAGCGUGCGUCGAAGAUCAAGAUCAGCCCGUUUGAGGUUGAUGAAGCUGUUGGAAAGUCGACUGAGACCUUCGAAAACGCACUCAAGGAGGGUGAUCUGCGCAGCAUCUGCGAAAGCAGAGCCGCUAACGCAGCCACCGACGAGGAGAAGGCUGACUGGAAGGUCAUUGAAGCUUUGAUUUCCAACAACCCUCGCAAGGGUCUUAUCGAAUACCUUGGCUUUGCCGACCAGACUGACGAGGCCGCCGAUAGCUUGGCUAAGCUCGGGCUGGAUAAGGAUGACGAAGUCAACGGGGAGGCGGCGAAGGAAUCCCGCGGGUCGGGAGCCAAGAAGCACAGGCGCCUGCAAUCCAUGUUUGAUGCCAACCCGGAGGCGGACAGCUUCUUGUCCGACCUGGCUGCCUCCAAGGGUGCCAAGACCAACAACCCCUUCCAUAUCUUCAACGGAUCGGAGACCGAGGCUGACACGGGCAUCACCCGGGCGUUGCUCCUCGGAGACUUCGAGAAGGCGCUUGAUGUCGCCCUCAAGGAAGAUCGCCUGUCCGAUGCCUUCAUGAUUGCCAUCUGUGGCGGUCCCAAAUGCAUUGAGAAGGCCCAGGAGCACUACUUCCAGAAGCAGACCAACAGCCCCAACUACGUGCGCCUUCUGGCUUCCAUUGUCGGCAAGAACCUCUGGGAUGUCGUCUACAAUGCGGACUUGUCCAACUGGAAGGAGGUCAUGGCAGCUCUCUGCACCUUCGCCGAUGACAAGGAGUUUGCCGACCUCUGCGAGGCUCUUGGUGACCGACUGGAGGAGGAACUCCGCAACACUGAGGAGCAGGGUCUGCGCAAAGAUGCUUCAUUCUGUUUCUUGGCCGGAUCCAAGCUCGAGAAGGUCGUGGCGAUAUGGAUUGAGGAGCUACGUGAAAACGAGCACAAGGCCAUUGAGGAUGCUGCGGAUGACUCCGCUUUCUCGAUCCACGUCCGUGCUCUGCAAGGGCUCAUCGAGAAGGUGACGAUCUUCCGUCAGGUCACCAAGUUCGAAGACACGGAACGCUCCAAGGAGUCGGACUGGAAGCUCAGCACCCUGUACGACAAGUACAUCGAGUAUGCUGACGUUGUCGCAACCCACGGACGUCUCCAAGUUGCGCAGAAGUACCUUGACCUUGUCCCGGAGAAGCACCCCGAAGCUGAAAUCGCACGGAACCGUAUCAAGCUGGCUACGAGACAGGCCACGCCCCAGAGGGCGCAACCCGCCGUUACCGCGACCAGGGCAGCCAUUAACAAGCCUCUCCCACAGCCCAACGCCUUCCAGCCCCAGAGAGCUUACUCCCCUGUCACUCCAGCUGCUGUUCCGAAGCCUUACACUCCGGCGGCGGCUGCCACCAACCCCUACGCUCCUCCCACUGCUGCUCCUGCUGCCAACCCCUACGCUCCGCCAACUGCUGCUCCUGCUGCCAACCCUUAUGCUCCUCCUACCGCUGCCGCGCCGUUGCAGCCUACCAACCCGUAUGCACCCCCAACUGGCGGUAGCAGCUACACUCCUGCAGGAUACCAGCCACCACAGGCACCUGCUUACGGUGCUCAACCCCUAGGCGGCACCGUGCCGCCGCCUCCCCGCGCAGGGUCCAACCAGUCCCCUGCUCCCACCAUUACCACGUAUACCACCGCUACAAACCUGCCCGCAUGGAACGACCUGCCUGAAGGCUUUGCCAAAGCUCCCACGCCGCGCAGGUCCACCCCUGCCGCUACCGCUGGUGCUGUUUCGUCGCCGUUCCCCAACCAGUCGCCCACUAUUGCCCAAGGCCCUCCACCGGUUGGUCAGCGGGCACCUUCAGUCCCCCCUCCGCCAAAGGGCGCUGCUCCUCCCCCCCGGAUCACCUCGCCACCUACCGUCCAGCCGGCUUCGGCUACGAUGCCUCCUCCGCCGGCCAACCCCUACGCUUCCCUGCCCCAGUCUCCUCCCACGGCCGCUGCCAUGGGCGUGCCAGCAUCCAUCCCUAGGGGCCCGUCUCCAUACAACGCACCGCCUACCAUGCCGCCGCCGUCCAACCGGUAUGCUCCUAGCCCAGCAGCCCAAGCAGCCAGCCCGCAGUUGCAGACUCGGUCGGUUGUUCCUCCGCCCCCGCAGGCGGCUGCUUCUCCGUACGCGCCUCAGCCCCCGGCCGCGAGUCAGUAUGUCUCGGGUGCUCCUCCGCCACACGUGCAGCCCGCGCAGCAGCAUGCCCCGCCGCCUCAGGCCGCCCCCGGUUCCCGGCCAAGCACGGCAUCUUCGCAAAGAAAGCCUGCCCCCGCCGCACCGAAGUACCCCCCGGGCGACCGUUCCCACAUCCCGGCAGAUGCAAUGCCUAUCUAUGAGAUCCUCUCCGCAGAUAUGCAGCGCGUGAAGUCCCGGGCCCCCUCUUCCUUCAAGGCACAAGUCGAUGAUGCGGAGCGGCGUUUGAGCAUCCUAUUCGACCACCUCAACAACGAGGACUUGCUCAAGCCCAACACGAUUGCGGACAUGGCGGAGCUGGCUCGCGCCAUCCAAGCGCGCGACUACGAGACUGCCCGGACGAUCCACGUGGACAUCAUGACUAACAGGACGGACGAGUGCGGCAACUGGAUGGUUGGUGUGAAGCGUCUUAUCAGCAUGAGUCGGGCCACCCCGUAAACAACAUGAAGUAAGAGGCUACGUUUGGAAGAAAAGAAAACGAUUAUGAGUUGUAUGUAAAGGAAAGAAGAGUCUUCUUAUUGCUUCACUGUACUGCUCCUUAUCAUUUCACGAUCCAUUCGCCCGUCACCGGUUACGUGAUAUGCUCCGGUCAUGCCGGGUUUUGCUUGCGAAUUGUCCUUCAUAUGUCAAUGUUAUAAAUAUGUUUUUCUGUUAUCGUUGGAUCUAGUCUCG